UACACUCUCUUUUUUUUGUGUGUUUGUAUUUGUUCUACAUGUAUGCGAUCAAACCCGUGAUUUAGGUUUUUUUUUUAAGAUUUAGGUGUCUGACUAGUGACUCCUUUCCUGCGGUUUGGAUACUGAUAUGAUCUGGUGAUCUCUUAAUUUGGCUGAUCUCGUUGCUGUUGACUUGUGUUAUCCCUUUAUUUCAAUUACUCACUCUACUUAUCUGUCGUUAGAUGUGAUUUUUUUUUUUUGGUUGAGGUUUACUUUCUGUGUUGUUGAUCAAAAUCACAGCUUUGUGGUGGACAUCAAAAUCAUGGUGGGGAAAACCUCUUUGAUGAAUCAAUAUGUUAAUAAAAAGUUCAGCAACCAGUACAAGGCCACCAUUGGAGCUGACUUCUUGACUAAGGAAGUUCAGUUUGAAGAUCGCCUUUUCACUUUACAGAUCUGGGAUACAGCUGGACAAGAAAGGUUCCAGAGCCUUGGUGUAGCUUUCUACCGGGGUGCUGAUUGCUGUGUUCUUGUAUAUGAUGUCAACUCCAUGAAAUCAUUUGACAAUCUCAACAACUGGAGAGAAGAGUUUCUCAUCCAGGCGAGUCCAUCGGAUCCAGAGAAUUUUCCCUUUGUGGUUAUUGGAAACAAGGUCGACGUUGAUGGUGGAAACAGCCGAGUGGUUUCAGAGAAAAAAGCUAAGGCUUGGUGUGCUUCAAAGGGAAACAUCCCUUACUUUGAGACCUCAGCCAAGGAAGGCACCAAUGUGGAGGAGGCAUUCGAAUGCAUCGCCAAGAACGCCCUGAAGAGCGGAGAAGAGGAAGAGCUGUACUUGCCAGACACAAUCGAUGUCGGGACAAGCAAUCAACAGAGGUCUACAGGGUGUGAAUGCUAAGGGAUCAAUCAUCUCUCCCAGAAGAAUUGCUUUUGAGUUCAACAAUGGGAAACUUGUCUCUCUUCCCAUUACCCCUUUUCUUCACCAGCUAUCAUCUCUCUUAUGAUAUUAUAUUACAUUGCUGUACAUUUGUUCUGUUCUGGGUAAUGGAACCCUUCAAAGCGAUUUAUUUAAAUUGUUUAAUAAGUAUAUUAUGGUUAGGAAAACGUUAUUAUGCAUCUUUAAUUAUAAACAUAUUUUUAUGCA